UACUAUCAUACGGCGUAACAUCUGCACAUGAAGUUGAACACACAAGUGUAUGUGUGCCACUGCCACCGUGUGGUAGAUAGUUAAGAUAGUAAGCCUGGAAUGAUCAGUAGAAAUGUUGAUUGACAGGUGUCUACAAGUGCCUGAAUUUACCCUACUUCAUAGAUUCACCUUACGGUGAUGGCUUUACCAUUUGGUGUUGUAUAACUCCAGUUUUUCAAAGCGUAAAAUACGAAACAUUUUUAUUGCACCACGAUCACAUUACGACCGCAGCUUUCUUCAAAACCUCUGGUUACUUAUCUUCCGGUUCUCAGAACAGCGCAGCCGUAUGUCUCAAUGAAAGCAGAGAAGAAGGACAAAGUGUUUUGUUUGCAUGGACGAAAGAAGAGCAAUUUUACGAAGGAAUCUCUCUGUGGACCUAUUUAAAAAUGUACUCUUGGCGAUGCUUCUUCGCUAUUGUCUUUGUAAUCCUUUGGUACCUUUCAGAGUUCGGUCAAGUAUGGACACAGGCGUUCUUCUGCUUUUUAUGCCUUUUCAGUUUCCCUUCAAACAGUCAAGAACGUGAAAAAAGCACUCAGACGGAUAAUUUGAAGGAAGUAACGACAAAACAGAUAAAGAAGUGCCAUCAUGUUGGUGUCAGUGAUGAACCUGAUGCAACUGGGAAAGGUCAAAAUUUGUCUCAGACACCGCAAUAUCCACAUGUGCAGAAGUCACUCCUCCAGGUGUUUAAAUGUGCCUAUACCUACCUGGUCCAGCCCUGGUACACUGCCCCAGAACUUGUCGAUAGUCAGCCCUUACAUGGGGCACUACAGGAAGAGUUUAACCUGGUUGUUAAGAGUAUAAUUUGUAAAGCCAAAAACUUUGAUCUGUCUGCUACCAGUGUGGGUUGUGUUCGGAUUUUGACUCGGCACCUCCACAAUGCAAAGCAGUCAGACAGUUCCCCAAUGUUCAGCUCAAGGUCUGAGGAAAUGGCAGCUCUCAGAACCAUCUCUGAAGCUCUGGUGCAAAAUCUUAUUCCUGAGUAUCUCUGGAAACCAAAUCUUUACAAGUGUGUCCUAACUGAGAUUGUGGCCACGAAAGCACUCAACGUGCUUGUGAGUAACCUUUGUGAUCCAGACAACCUGAAUCAGAUGGUGGUUUCGCAGUUGGAUGUAGUAACCCCUAAAAGCUCACGUAGACCAGACGGAGAAGGAACACCAUCCUCCACAUGUAGUGAAGGGGCAGAGGUAUUUACAGAUGAAGCAGAAGGAAGUCAAUCUGAAGAAAUCAAAGAAAAGAAAAAGGCAGGCAACAAGUUGAAAGAAAAACUUUCUAAAUUUGUUGAUAAAGUAAAGUCUAAAAAUCCCCAAAAGAAAAAGCUUAAGAAGGAGAAAGUGGUUUUACAGAGAGCUUUAUCAGCACGCAGAUCUGUUGUUAUCGAGGGAGCGAGCCUCGAGGGCUCCAUCGGAAGCCACACAGACUCUGAAAAUGACAUCUAUACGGAUGUUUACGUAACAAGUGUCCAGGAAGACAGAAUGGAGUUUAAGCUUUCCUAUGAGAUGUGGCGAGUGGGAAAGUGGGCAGUCUGUGUUACAAAUGUUCAAAAGGAGAACGAUGAGUUGUGUUUCACAGUUCAUGUGGAAGAAAGAAAUAAUCCAGAGAAUCUCCACUGGGACGUGAGAAAGAUGCAGUCAGAUAUUCUUGAUUUUUAUAGUUUCUUGGAGGAUACAUCAGGCUUACCAUCUAUAUCUACAAUUGUAGAGAAAUCAAAGAUGGAAAUUGAUGACACAAACACAGAGGAUGUUAGAUCAGCUUUGGAGAAUUUUUUGCAAGUGUUGGUAUCUGAUGCACAACUUGGUCACAGUCAGCCCGUUUUCCAGUUCUUGUGUCCUCUUGCACGAUUAUUGAGCAAUGAGGAACAUGAGGGAGGUGUAUGGAGUCUUCUGAGUGGACUGGCAAACCUUCUCACUCCUGGUCAACAUGAGGAAGAGUCUCAUACCCACAAAAAGGUUGAUAAGCUUGAUGAAGCAGAAGCGACAGUAAAUUGUGCCGGACAGAAUGCAGUACAGCCAGCCUGCAUUGACACAGCUGAAGAGUCAGAUGGGACUGGGAGCACUGAGCCAAUGGCUACAAAGGGGUUUUGUACCCCCCAUAAUUUAGAGCUGGACAGGGAGGACAGUAAUCAAAUGCAAGAUGAACCUGAUAGUGCUACUGAUGGACAGGAGAGUCUUGCUGAGAGCAUAGACAGCUUUGUUCAUAGAUCAAAAUUACUGACUCCUGCUGCAUACUUCAAUGAUGCCAUCAACCCUAAUGAAGGAUUACAGGCCGACACAACUGGCGGCUUUAAAAGCUGCAAUCUAACCAACAAAAAGGAAAAGUUAACACACAAAAAGUCAAAUGAAUUGCAAAAGUCCAAAGGAAAAGAGAAAACGGGAGAGGCAAGCGAUCAGCCACAGGAACAGAAAAAAGAACUCAUCCACACCACUUGGGAGCAACUUGAGGCCCCAAAAGCCAUCUUUGAUUUAUUGAAGGAAGUAACUGGUAACUCUGUCUUCAUUAAUUUUUGUGUGGAUGCCAUUCUGAAGCCUUUCAUGUCUUUGGUUAAAAAGAAAGUAAACAACUUUUUAAAUAAGAUGAAUCCUACAGAAGCUCAGAUUGCAUCCUACAUUGAUACUUUCCGGGAGAGAAUAUGGCCGGAUGGAGAAAGAUCAGUCCAACAACCACCACCACCACCACGUGACAUUGUGGAAAAAAAAGAAACCAAGGAAAGGGCGUUACAACUCAUAAAUUCAAAAUAUUCAAACGCUCUAAUCCUGAAGAAGACUGAUGUGGAAGCUGUGUUCAAAAUUUUCCAGAAUAUGGACGAGAACAAGAAACUGGUUUAUAUGCUGCUGUCAUAUGUUUUGGGGGAGUUUCUGCCUGGAGAGCCUGCCUUUAAAACGAUAGCUAAUGUAACUGUGAAGGAGUUUGUUUCAUAAUAAUACUGUAUUUUUAUUAUUUUAAUACUGUCUUUUUUUAUGUGAAUUUUAUAUGGAUGUUUUUCAAAAAGGCAUUAUGAUAUAGGACUACCUCAGACACAGGCUCCUUUGUUAUUGCAGAUUUAAUGAAAUGUACUGUGAAUGUAUUCCACAUUAAUAAUAUGGCACAAUAUCUCAGGUCUGAUUGUAAAAACUCAUGUUUUAAAUAUACCUGUCUCUAUCACCAUAUGAGCAACCUCAUUUAUUUAUGUAAACUGUGCAGAAAGUCAUUUUCAUUUAAAUGGAUAGUUCAUCCAAAAAUGAAAAUUUUAUCAUAAUUUUCUCACUCUCAUAUUGUUACAAACCUGUAUAAAUGUCUUUGUUUUAAUGAACACGAAGGAAGAUAUUUUGAGGAAUGUUUGU